CUAAAUGUUCCUGAUAACGUAUAUUGCAAUACAUUCACCUCUUAAGCACUUCUGAAAACGUAAUCGAUAAAAAAUGUUUUGAGAAGUUACUGUAACGUCCUGUGACCUUUCAGCCAAGCCAGAGUGGAGGAUGGAUGCGACUCAGCAGAUUGAGGAUUCAUACUCUGAAGAAGAAGAGGAGGAGUUGAAGAAAGGGGGAACAAAAAGACAACAGGUGGCAACAUUGAAUGUUUUUAAAAACGACCACAUCCCAGAGACAGAAUUCCCUCUCUACCUCGGAGAGAAUGUCUUGGGUCGGGAUCCUGCUGCCUGUUCUGUUUUGCUUCCGGCCCGAUCUGUGUCCAGUCGACAUGCUGUCAUCUCCAUCGCUGCAUUCCGCUCUAGUAACAGUCUUUCCGAUGACACUGAUGCCAUAGAGGCACUGUUGUGGGACAUGGGCAGUUUGAAUGGAACCAGAAAAUGCAGAUUCAAGCUGACGCCUCAUGUACGAUACGCUUUGGCUGAGGGAGACAGUGUAGUACUUGCUGACAUACCAUGCCAAUAUAUCAGCUUAAACACUUCAAAGAGAGAUUCACACAUAGUUCCAGAGGGUGUAGGAGCAUCCAAGCAAGAAAAAAAGGGAAGCCCAGAACUGCCCAGCAGUGACUCAAUGUCAAAUUUGAGUGAAGGAGUGCGGAAUAGGUUGAAUGAGAAAGGGACGAAUGUCUUGCCUCCUGUGCCUUUAUGGAGUGUUGAUGAUAAACAACUCAAGACUGCAGCCAGUAUGCAUUCACCGGAGCCAACUCUGAAACAGCCUGAGAUUACCCUGGUACCUGAAUCUGACUCCGGCUCAGAUGGAGAAAGUGAAACAGAUGUGAAAAAGGAUUUGGAUUCCACAUCCUCCUCUCAUCUGUGUAGUCCCACAAAUUCAACAUUCCUGACUCCUGCAAGAAGUGUAAUUCCAGAGAGUGAGGAUGAAAGUUCCAUUACGCCAUCUUCGGCUGCAAUGGACCGAUUCAGAAUGAUAGAAAGAUCCAGUGAACCCUGUUCAAGCUCAUCUAUGCCUGGCCUAAUAGCCUUAAACUUGAACAGUGAUACUGAUGUUGAGGAAAAAAGAGAAACUAAACCAGAGGCUCAGAUUGAAGUUGUUCCAAAAGUGAAACCAGUAUCUUCAGCUGACCUUCAUAUGGACCUUGAUACUGGUGUUGAGGAAGAGGAGAAAGAGAAAAGCACAACAAAUGUGGAACCAGUAUCAUCAGCUGGUCUUCAUAUGGACAGUGAUACUGAUGUUGAGGAAGAAGAGAAAGAAAAAAGCAAGACUGAAUCUGAAGCUAAGAAUGAUGUAGCUUUAAAUGUGGAAUCAGUAACUUCAACUGAUCUUCACAUGGACAGUGAUACUGAUGUUGAGGAAGAGGAGACAGAGAAAAAUAAGGCUGAACCAAAUCUUCAAAUGGAAGUAUCUUCAAAGGUGGAACCUUUAACUGAUCUUCACAUGGACAGUGAUACUGAUGUUGAGGAAGAAGAGAAAGAGAAAAGCAAGACUGAACAUGAAGAUCAGAAUGAUGGAACGUCAAAGGUUGAAUCUGUAACUUCAACUGAUCUUCACAUGGACAGUGAUACUGAUGUUGAGGAAGAGGAGACAGAGAAAAAUAAGGCUGAACCAAAUCUUCAAAUGGAAGUAUCUUCAAAGGUGGAACCUUCAACUGAUCUUCACAUGGACAGUGAUACUGAUGUUGAGGAAGAAGAGAAAGAGAAAAGCAAGACUGAACAUGAAGAUCAGAAUGAUGGAACGUCAAAGGUUGAAUCUGUAACUUCAACUGAUCUUCACAUGGACAGUGAUACUGAUGUUGAGGAAGAGGAGACAGAGAAAAGUAAGGCUGAACAUGAAGAUCAGAAUGAUGGAACGUCAAAGGUUGAAUCUGUAACUUCAACUGAUCUUCAUUUGGACAGUGAUACUGAUGUUGAGGAUGAUGUGACUCCCAUAGCUAAAAAUGUUCAUGAAAAGAAGUCAGAAACUCCCAGAGAUUUAGCAGUUCCAGAAAGUCCUCCAUCAGCCCCCACUCAUGCAGAAAUCCACUUGGACAGUGACACUGAUGUAGAAGAUGACAAUCUCAUGGACGUUCCCAUAGUAACAAAGGGUUCACAUCUGGUCAGUGAGGAAAGUGACAUUAGACCUUCAACAGCUCCAGGAACAAAGUUCAUGGACAGUGACACAGGCAUAGAGGAAGAAGCUGAGGACAAUGAAAAGAGAGAGGCCAGACACCUUCUGUCAAACAGAGAAACAGAUGAUGAGGAUCCUUUUAAACCUUUACCAGUCAAAACUCUGGAGGUUACAGAGAGUCAGAAUGCUUCUAUGUGUAAGAAAGUGGAGCAAUCAGAAGAGAGCACCCAUAAAAAACAAAACCUUCCUUCCCAAGCACAGAGUAGAUUUGAGGAACCCACCCAAUCCUUUGAGCACUCCGAAGAAGACUGGGAUCUACAGCCCACACAGGCAUACGGAGUUACUGGAGCCUGUGCUGGGGUCAGGCCAAAACAACUUGAUCUUGAGGCCACACAGGCAUACGAAACGGAAAUAGACAGAGAAAAAGAGGAGGAGGAUCCUCUGAGUCAUACCCAACCCUACUCCAACCUUUCCACCGCCGAAACACAGCUCAUCUCUAUAGCAAAGGGUGAGAAUGAUGAUGAAGAUGAAGAGAUGUUUGAUGACUCUCACCUAUCCAGAGCAGAUACUCUGAUCAUCGCCAGCACCCCUAGACGAGAGGAGCAGACGCAGCCUUUUGCAAUUUUCAGUGCCCCAACACAACUCAUCUGGGAGGGAGAGGAGAAAGAGGCAGAUCAGAGUGAGCCCACCCAGCUUGUGGAGUCCAAUACUUCCAAUGAAACGCAGUCUGCACAAGACUGUGAGGAGGAGGGGAACAAGAAAUGGGGUAGAAGGAAACCCCAUAUUAGAGGAAAAAAGCAGAAAGAAAAAAAUGACUCCAGCUCCCAUCUUUUCAUUGCAGAAACCCAGCCUAUGUGUGAGGAAGAAGAGGCACCUUCUGAAAAUGAAUCUAUACACCUUAUGGAAAAACCCUCCAGCUCCCAUGUCACUAUUGCUGAAACCCAGCCUAUGAGUAAGGAAGAAGAGGUACCUUAUGAAAAUGAAUCUAUACACCUUAUGGAAAAACCCUCCAUCUCCCAUGUCACUAUAGCUGAAACACAGCCUAUCAGUAAGGAAGAAGAGGUACCUUAUGAAAAUGAAUCUAUACACCUUAUGGAAAAACCCUCCAGCUCCCAUGUCACUAUUGCUGAAACACAGCCUAUGAGUAAGGAAGAAGAGGUACCUUAUGAAAAUGAAUCUAUACACCUUAUGGAAAAACCCUCCAGCUCCCAUGUCACUAUUGCUGAAACACAGCCUGUGUUUGAGGAAGAAGAGUUUCUAGAUGAAGGUCUAGACAAUGUGGUCAGCAAAAUUAAACAUAUAGGUGAAAAUGAAUGCAUAAAGCAUACUGAAAAUCCCACCAGCUCCAGUUUUACUAUCGCUGAAACACAACCUAUGUGUGAGGAACAAGAAGAACUUGGUGGCAGAGCACAACAGGCGGAGGAAUAUAAAUCCACAGAGGUUGCUGAUAAAGACUCGCAGAACGCAGAACGCAAAGAAAUGCAGCCAAAAUAUGAAUAUGAAGAGGCACCAACAGAAGAUCUGAACAAUGAUAUCAGCAGUAGGCAGAUAGAUGAAGACAAAUCCAAACAACUCCAAAAAACCUCCAGCUCUCAUGUCAUCAUAGCGGAAACACAGCCAAUGCAUGACGAAGAUGAGAGACAGGAGAAAGGGCUCAGUAACAAGAUGUUGUCUAUAAGAUCAUGCAGAGGAAGACCAAAAAAGGAGGAUGGCAUCCCUCAUCAUAUAACAGAAACCCAGGCAGUUUGUGAGGAAGAAAAAGGAAGGGAUGAAGAUCUCAACAUUGGAUUCAAAACCAGGAGAUCAUGUAGGGGAAGACCAAUAAAAGAGGACGAGUUCACACAGCCUGCUGAAUCUGCAGUCAAAUCCCUUCCCACUAUCACAGAAACACAACCUCUAUGUGAGGGAGAAAAUUUUCUGAACAGUGGAGCCAAGAGAUCCCGCAGGGGAAGACAAAAAAAUGAAGGUGAACCUGCACAGUCUGUCGGACCAAACUCUGAUCACAACAUUACUGAAACACAGCCCAUGUGUGAGGAAAAUGCCCAAGAAGAACCUGCAAACACUGACAGCUCAUAUCAGAGAAGACAGACUAGUGGUCGAAGACAGAGGAAAGAAAAGGCAGAGGAGGAUUGUGAGACUGUAGCAUCUAGUAAAGGCAGAGGAAAAGGUAGAAAAGGCCAGGAAGGAAAAAGGAAGAGAGAAAAAUUAUUGUCUGAGGAAGAUGAAGUGAGUGAGGAGGAAAAAGCAACAACGAGGAGGGCAGCAAGAAGGACUGGUUUGAAAAACAAAUGUAGUGAAAAGGAAGAAGGGGAAGGAUUUGAGGAAAAUGUAGAGCAGAAUGCCCAAAAAGAGAGAGAGUUGCAAGAACAGGAGAGAGCAAGGUUAGAAAGAGAAGAAAAGGAGAGACUGGAGUGUGAGAGAAAGGAAAAAGAAGAACGGGAAGACCAAGAAAGAGCUGAAAAAGAAAUGAGACAAAAGGAAGUAGAGGAGCUGGAGUGGUUAAAACGGGAAGGAGAGAAAAAAAUCAGAGAGGAAAUCGAGAGAAAAGAGGGGGUAAAGAGGGAAAAAGAGGAUAAAGAACUGUUCGAAAGAGAGUUGAAGGAAAAAUUGGAGAGGGACAGGAGAGAAUCAGAAGGGGAAGAAAGACAAAAGCUUAAAAAGGAAGAGGAGGAAAAACUUGAGAGGAGUGAGAAGGAACAAAAUGAUAAGAUGGAAAAGGAGUGUUUACGAAGUUUAGAGGUGGAGAGAGAACAAUUGGAAAAAGAGAGACAAGAAAAUGAGAAGCUUAAGAUGGAAACAAAAACACAGCAGAAGAGAAAACAAAAUAAGACAGAUAAGAACCAUUCAGAGAUUGAACAAUUGGACGAAAAUACAGAACUAGAGGUACCCAGUGUUGAAGCUCAAAGUAGAUGGACACGUAGCCAUUCAAGCUCCUCGAUGAACUCAGAGCAGUCUGUAUCCUCGCAACAGGAGCAGUCCAGUCAGAGGGGCAGAGGGAGGGGCAGGGGGCGGGGCAGAGGAAGACAGAUAGAUAAAGAGCAGCCAAUCAGCGGCAGACAGUCUGGCAGGAGAAAAACCAUCGCAGGUGCUGCAAGUGAAGAUAAGGUCUCCAAUUCCGUAUCUCAGUCCCGAUCUCGUUCCAGUUCAGGAAAUUCAGAAAGAUCCUCUAAUAGCUUGGGAACUCAAAACCAAGGAAUGAGGGGAAGAGGAAGAGGUAGGAAAAGUGUGAAAUUACCAGAACCAGUGGAGGAAGCUUCCCUAGCCAAAACUUCAGGAAAAGUAAGGGGGAAAGGAAACAGGCCUUCUGGUGCAGAGAAUAUCACUAUAGGCCUUAGCAAAGAGUGUUUACAAGAUGCAGAGGCAGUAGAGGAAGAGCCUGCUGUACAAAAAACCAACAGCAGAGGUCGUAAGAGAGCAGCCAACACCAGCACAUCCACAGAAGAGACGCCUCCACCUACACCCAAGACACCACGACGCUCUGUAGCCAGUCAGAUGCACAAGGUGUCAUUUACUGGAUUGACUGAUGAGGAAGGAGAAAAAGUAGUAGCCCGGUUGGGGGGGAGUCUGGCGAAGGGGGUGAACGAUAUGACUCACCUGGUGACUGAUAAGGCAAGGCGCACUGUUAAGUUUUUGUGUGCUGUUGCCAGAGGAGUGCCUAUUGUGACUCCUGAGUGGCUAAAGAAGUGUGGCAAAGCCGGCCAAUUCAUCUCCGCUAAUGAAUAUUUAUUGAAGGAUGUCGAGCAGGAGAAGAAGUUUAGUUUUAGCCUACAGAAGGCACUCAAAACAGCUCAAUGCCAGCCUCUUUUAAAGGGUUAUGAGAUUCAUGUGACACCAUCUGUAAUGCCAGAACCAUCACAAAUGAAAGAAAUUAUCACCUGUUGUGGAGCACGUUUCCUUCCCAAAAUGCCCUCUGGUCAUAAGGAACACACUGUGGUGGUGUCAUGCGAGCAGGAUAUGGUGCUUUGUGAAAAGGCAGUGAGUGUGUCAUUGCCCGUGGUCAGCACAGAGUUUCUGUUGACUGGCAUUCUGCAGCAGAGAGUUGACCUGCAGGUCUAUUCUCUCACUUCCUCUCUCAGGACCCCCAAUCAGCCUACAGCCCCCAAAGCUCCUGCCAGGGGUCGGAGGAAGUAGUGACAAUGACAAGACUUUCCAUGUAUUAAAUUUGUGCUAGUCUUGUACAGUAUCUGAUUCAUUAGACUGCUUAAGAAGAUGAAUAAAAUGCCAGUUUUAAAAGGACAGUAAUUAAUUUGAUUAGAUGUGAAAUGCUGCUACAGUUGUAACCAUACACCCACUGAUUCCUGUGAAUGUGAGAGCUCAAGAAAAGAGUGUGAGAGGUGGUCAUCAAGGAAUAUGUGUGUGUCAGUAAAGGAAGAAUGAGAUAUCCUGAUUUUAUUAUAUUACAUCAAUAAACUCUUUCUGAGACAGA